AUGACUCAACGAAUUAUAUUUUAUUUUUUUAUUUUCUUCUUUAUUCUUAUACUACCAUCGUGGAAUUAUCAAUUUGAAAGUUGCUGUUCAAAUGAGAAGGCGCUAGAUAAUUCAACGCGUCUUCUAUUAUGUCCUUUAAAUUUUGUUAUUCAAUUACGUUCUGCUAUUUUUUAUACUGGCAAUGGUUGUGCACGUAGCGCAUGUCAAAAACGUCUCAAUAAAUAUUAUCUAUCAUGCAAUAAUCAUCGUACAUGUUCAAUAUCCACUCAAUGUAUUCUUAUGGGUUCGCCAACAUGUUCAUGGUUAACAAAUACAAACAUUUAUUCUCAAUAUUUAACCAUUGAUUAUGAUUGUAUUUUACAUAAAUCAGAAACACCAUUAAUACCAAAAGAUGAUCAACCGAAAAAAGAACAAAAUGAAAAUAUUGUUCUUUUCUCUGCUAAAGUUAAGAUAGAAACACCACCGGAUUCACCGGAAACCGAUUCAAUUUCGUCCAGUGAUGAAAAAGAAUGGAAAGAAUAUUUUCUUAAAAAAUAUUUUCAUUCAGAAAAACUCAACGACGACAAAGCAAUUAUUAUUCAUCAGCCACGUUCAUUAAUUAAUGAUAUAUUUCGUACAAUAAUCAUACUUAUUACAUUUACGUUUAUUCUUAUUCUAAUCAUGAUUAUUGCACUUUUUCUUUAUAAACAUAUUGUAUUGAUGAAAAAAAGAAAAUUAUAUGGUCAAGACAAACAUCGGCCAUUUCCGACUGACGAUGCUUAUGAUAAUUUAAAAGCAACUAGAAUCGAAUCGGCAAGUGAAACUGGUACAACAACAGAUGUGUGA